GCCGCCGUUCCGCGGCGAGCCCGCCCGCCGCCCGCCCCUGGCCGCGGCCCUAGCCGCGGCCCCGCGGGGCUGCCCGCCGCCCGCCGCCGCGCCGGAGCCUGCGGCGCGCCCCCCAUGCGAGACCCCCGCGGGCCGGGCAACGCGCAACGACCCCCGGCCGGGCCAGGCAUGUGAAGAUGUCAGUGGGCUGUGCAUGCCCUGGCUGUUCCUCUAAGUCGUUCAAGCUGUACUCGCCAAAGGAGCCCCCGAACGGCAACGCCUUCCCCCCAUUCCACCCGGGCACCAUGCUGGAUCGAGAUGUGGGACCUACUCCCAUGUACCCACCGACAUACCUGGAGCCUGGAAUCGGGAGGCACACGCCGUAUGGGAACCAGACCGACUACAGGAUAUUUGAGCUCAACAAGCGGCUGCAGAACUGGACAGAGGAAUGUGACAAUCUGUGGUGGGAUGCCUUCACCACGGAGUUCUUUGAGGAUGACGCCAUGUUAACAAUCACUUUCUGCUUGGAGGAUGGACCAAAGAGAUACACGAUCGGCCGGACUCUGAUUCCCCGUUACUUCCGCAGCAUCUUUGAAGGGGGGGCCACAGAGCUCUACUACGUGCUGAAGCACCCCAAGGAGUCCUUCCACAACAACUUUGUCUCGCUGGACUGUGACCAGUGCACCAUGGUCACGCAGCACGGCAAGCCCAUGUUCACCCAGGUGUGUGUGGAGGGGCGGCUCUACCUGGAGUUCAUGUUCGAUGACAUGAUGAGGAUAAAGACGUGGCAUUUCAGCAUCCGCCAGCAUCGAGAGCUCAUCCCCCGCAGCAUCCUUGCCAUGCAUGCACAGGACCCCCAGAUGCUGGACCAGUUAUCCAAGAACAUCACCCGCUGUGGGCUCUCAAACUCCACACUCAACUACCUCCGACUCUGUGUAAUCCUAGAACCAAUGCAGGAGCUCAUGUCACGGCACAAGACCUACAGCCUCAGUCCCCGGGACUGCCUCAAGACUUGCCUCUUCCAGAAGUGGCAGCGGAUGGUCGCUCCGCCUGCGGAACCAGCACGGCAGCAGCCCAGCAAGCGCCGGAAAAGGAAGAUGUCGGGGGGCAGCACCAUGAGCUCCGGUGGGGGAAACACCAACAACAGCAACAGCAAGAAGAAGAGCCCGGCCAGCACCUUUGCCCUGUCCAGUCAGGUACCUGAUGUGAUGGUGGUAGGUGAGCCCACGCUGAUGGGGGGGGAGUUUGGGGACGAGGAUGAGCGGCUCAUCACCCGGCUGGAGAACACGCAAUUUGACGCCGCCAACGGCAUUGACGACGAGGACAGCUUCAACAACUCGCCGGCGCUGGGGGCCAACAGCCCCUGGAACAGCAAACCGCCCUCCAGCCAGGAGAGCAAGUCAGAGAACCCCACGUCGCAGGCGUCACAGUAACAGCCCCCCUGCCGCCCCGUGGACUCAGUCCCAACCGAUCUACCUGUAUAUUUGCAACGGAGAGUGACUGGGAAGCGGCGAGGUACUGGGGGAGGAUCGACACUGCGCAGCCGACGGGGUGCAUGGCCCAGGGCGUGCACCAGGCGGGCAGCCCCCAGCCCUCCCCCCGCCGCCUCCCCGCUCACCCCACGCCUGCCUCCUCGCCGGACCCCAGGGCAGGGGUGGGUUUCCAGGGCUGUAGCUUCGUUAUUCCCCCUUCUCCUCCUUUCUCCCUGCUUCUUCCCCUGGAGAGCUUCUCCUCCCUGCCCCAAUGUGCCCAGCCCCUGCCUGCUGAGCAGGGGGAAUUAGGAGGGAGGUGUCGGCAGUGGCUGGUGCGACCGGGAAGCCGGUGGCGUGCAAGAUGCUGUGUGUUGGGGUCUGGCACAGCCCAGAGACCCUCCUCCUCCUCCCCAGGUCCUACGGCUGGGGUUUGCUGGGCAGCCACCUGCAGCGGGUUUGCGUGUCCCCAGCCCAGUCUGGGGCUGGGGCAGGGUGGGUGGUGACAGAAAGCCUUCCCCGUGCCGCUGGCUCUGCCACGGAGCCUCCUCCGGCCAGGAUCAGAUCCUGCUGCGCUGGGGUGGUGUCAAGGAUAGGGCCCCGUCGCAUUUCCCCACUCUCCCUUCCCCUCCCUUCCCCUCGCUCCCCAGGGGCGAGAGCGCAGCAGGGCCAUGGGGGGACUCUGUAUAUAGGAAGUGCGUGGGAGGGGGGCUUGGGGGGGCUGGGGUGGGGCACAGAGGACCCGUGGUUCUGCCAGAGCAGCCAGUGUCCUCACUCCCUGCCCGCAGCCCCUGCGUUUCCCCCUGCCCCACGUGAGUCCGCCUGGGGCCCCUUUGCAACCCCUGGUUCCCAGUACCUCCUACUUUUGUCUUUUUUUAAGAAAAAAAAAAUAUUAUUAAAAUUGUAAGUUUAAAAAAAAGAAAAAAAUGGGAAAAGCCCCCCCCGCAGCCCCCUCACCAGUUCCUCCAUCCCUGCCCUGAGCCUUCUCACCCUGUCCUGACUUUUGUACAGGCUUCUUCUCUUGGGAGUCUCGUUUUAUAUCCAGUUCGGAGAGCUUCAAACCAAGGAGAGACUUUGCAGACUUCCUUUCUAAUCCCUCCAGGGGCCGGGGGGGGCAGCCCCCCGCCUCCCUCCUCAAUGUAAAUCUUGUGUGCUGUUGUCCCCGCUCCCCCCGCCUCGGGUUCGUGUACCUCGUGCUUGUACAUUUCCGCGCUGUAGACAGUGUGUACGAUACUGUUCUUUCAAUGUGUUAUCACUAGAGCAGGUGCCUCCAUUGAUGUUAGGGGAAAUGAUGAGCAAAUUAAUAAUUUUGGGGGUUUUUUUGGUUUAAAAAAAAAAAAAAAAGAAAAAAAAAUCCCUUCCAAGGCUUCUUCCAAGGAGAAGACGGGAGGUGCCAGGGGAGGGCAUUUGCGCUCGCCAGCUCACCCCAGCAACCUCGGAGCGGGGUUUUGGGGGGAGCCAGGGGUCAGGGCUGCCUGUGGGUACCCUCUGAUGCAACCCUGGGGUGGGGUUGCAGCGAGCGCUGCCCCAGGGGUGGUCAGGGUGGGGGGCUGCCCGGGGAAGGGGGUGGUGUGUUUGUGUGUGUGUGUGUGCAAAAGUGCAUGUGUGAGAGGUUUGUGUGUCUGCGCGUGUGUAAGGGAGCCUGGGGCAGGUGGAGCAGCCCUGUCGUUUGGGGGGGUUGGACCCCACGCUUCACUGCCCACCCCAGCUCCCCACCAGGGAUCCCGCAGCAUAUGUCCCCCUGCCCUGUAGGGCUGAGGGCUGGCAGGUGUCGCUGGGGCUGCCCCCCGUGCAAGGGGCUCUGGCUGCAGCGGGGGUGUUGCCUGUGCCCUGUGUGUUGCCCACCCGUGGCUGACAAUGCAGGGGGUGGCUGAGCCAGGGUGAUGCACACCCUGUGUCCCCCCUCUUUCUGCUGUCCCUGGGCUUGGGCUAGGAGACAGAAGCCCCUUGGCUCAGCCCUGGCCUAAUCUCAAGCCCAAAAUCCCCGGAGAGAUGCCUGCAUCAGCUCCCGGGCCCCUGGGCCCCCCACAGACAGCCCAGAGGUGGAGGGCUCAGCCCCGCGGACCCCCAGCCACAAGCAUGGGGGGUCCCUAUGGCCCCUUUGCAGGUGGUGGGGAGGCUCCCAGGGUGGGAGCCCGGCGUGGCGGGGAGCGCGAGCUCUGCUUUGCAAUUAAGGUACGAUUCUCACCGCCACGCUGCUGGGCUCCCAUGGAGGGUGCGGAGACCCUCACUGCCCUGCCCCGGGCACACUGUAAUGCCUUUUUGUUUCUCUUUUUUUUUUUUUUUUUUUUUUUUUUUUCUCCUUCUCCCCUCCAUAGUUUGUGCCAUUUAUGAGUCAUGUAUGGUACCAAUAAAAUGACUUUUCGGUUU